GAAUUGAUGCUUAGUGCUGGCAUUAUUAUUUUUCUUUUAUGAAAUUUUCAUGUUCUCUUCGGGAGAGGGAAGUUAUUGGUCUUUCCUCCCUGCUGAAGGAGGAAAAUGCAGGUCAUGUUUUAAGAUAAAGUGUCUGCAAGGAUUGUGGCCCAGAGAGACCGGUGAAUUAUCCCAGGCAUUCGUUUUAAUCUGCAGUUGUUUGGUGGGGUUUUUUUGUUUGGAUUCGCUGAAACCAGCGGAGUGGGAUAGAAACGAAGUACUUAAAGCAAUACGUGUCAAUUGCUUAAGGCAGAUACGUGUUAAUGAGUCUAACAGCUGUGGAUCUCCGGGGGACGGUCUGAAUAUCACUUUUCCUCCUUCAGAGCCCGUUUCUCUGUUGAAUUCAAUGAUGAUUGCUACAAAAAUUCGUAAUGGAGAUUGUACUUUUGGGGUAGUAAGAUAAGAUUCAUAAUAAUAGGCGCGUCGAAUUAUGAGAAUUUUUUUCACUUAAGAUAUAUGCACGUUAGUAAGUGACUUUUCCCGAGCGGUAGCAAAAGCAUAACGACAGGGAAACUCUGUAUUUCUCCCCGUGAAGAUCAGCUAAGGGUCGGGAAUCGGCUGGAGAAAAGGCGAAGCAGGGUGGACGUCUCCGUGGCGAGUGUCCCCUCCCCGCGAGCUGCCCGUGGGGGAGGAAGAACCAAAGCGCCGGGCAGCGCUCGGUGCCUGCAGUGCCGGGAGGAGGCUGCGGGCGCCGCUGUUGACCGAGAGGAGCGAGAGGGAGCUCGGAGCGCCGCAGCCCCGCCCGCUGCGGAGCGGCUCGAUCUCUCCAUUGCUGGAUUCCUAGCUCGGCGGCCGAGCGGUCUGCGGUCGUCCCGGUAGCUCGGAACCGACCUGCAGAGAAGGGGAGACAACGGCGGCAGAGCCUGAAAGCGUGAGGGUCAUCCGUGACCGGCGGUGGAAAGUAGCCGGCGGCGGCGAUGUGCGCGGCGGGGAGGCGCUGGGGCCGGCGGCAGCGAACUCUGCUCUGGGCCGUGCUGCUGAUGGUGGCGUGGGAGGCGGCGUGGGGGCAGCUGCGCUACUCGGUGCCCGAGGAGAUGCCCAAGGGCUCCUUCGUGGGCGACGUGGCCAAGGACCUGGGGCUGCAGCUGCCGGAGAUCAGCGACCGUGGAGUGCGCAUCCUGAACAAAGGUAGGACGCAGUAUUUCAGUCUGCACGGGAAGACGGGACAUUUAGUGACGGCGGAGAGGAUCGACAGAGAGCAGCUGUGCGAGGACGUGCAGCAAUGCGUGCUGCGCUGUGAGCUGAUAGUGGAGGGGGAAAUGCAGGUUUACGGCAUCGAAGUGGAAAUCACGGACAUUAACGACAACUCCCCCAGCUUUCUAGAGGCAGAAACAGAGCUGAGAAUGAGCGAGACGACAGCCCCGAGGUCACGGUUUCCCCUUGCCAGGGCUCACGAUCCGGACUCGGGCCGCAAUUCCCUGCAGAGCUACGAGCUGAGCAGUGACGAGCACUUCUCGCUGGCCGUGCAGGCGGGCCCCGGCGGCGAUCAGCGUCCCGAGCUGGUGCUGGCGAAGGCGCUGGACCGGGAGGAGGCGGCGUUUCACGAGCUGGUGCUGCGGGCGACGGACGGCGGCGAUCCGGCCCGGAUGGGCACGGCUCGGAUCCGCGUGACCGUGCUGGACGCGAACGACAACGCGCCGGUGUUCAGCCAGGCGGAGUACACGGUGCGUGUGCCCGAGGACGUGCCCGUGGGCUCCAUCCUCGUCACCGUCACGGCCACCGACGCAGACGAAGGGCUGAACGGACAAGUAAAAUAUUCCUAUCAAAUGGUUUCUGUGAAAGCAUCAAAGAUAUUCCAUCUGGACGCUGAAACGGGAGCGAUCACGUUGAUGCGUAAUUUAGACUUCGAGGAAGGUACCGCCUACGAACUGGAGAUACAGGUUCGAGACGGCGGGGACAUUUCCCUUUCCGACAUAACGAAAGUCGUGAUCACUGUGACAGACGUCAACGACAACGCACCCGAGAUUUCCGUGAGGUCGGCUCUUAACGAAAUAUCGGAGGACGCCCAGCCGGGAACUGUUGUGGCGCUACUGCACGUGCAGGACCGGGACUCGGGGACGAACGGGGAGGUGCGCUGCUCGAUCGAGGAGGACAUCCCGUUCCGGCUGGAGAAGUCUUUUGAGGAUUACUUCCGCGUGGUGACGGCGGGAGAGCUGGACCGGGAGCAGGUGUCGGAGUACAACGUGACGGUGCGGGCGGCCGACGGCGGGCGGCCGGCGCUGCAGAGCAGCGCGGUGCUGGCGCUGCGGGUGCUGGACGUGAACGACAACGCGCCGGUGUUCGCGGAGGAGCGCUACAGCGCGCGGCUGGCGGAGAACAACGCGGCGGGCGCGCUGGUGCUGACGGUGCGCGCCACGGACGCGGACUGGGGGCAGAACGCGCGCGUGCGCUACCGGCUGGCGGAGGGGCGGGUGCGGGGCGCGCCGCUGUCGUCGUACGUGUCGGUGCAGGCGGAGACGGGCGCGCUGUACGCGCUGCGCUCCUUGGACUACGAGCAGCUGCGCGAGCUGCAGCUGUGGGUGCGUGCGGAGGACGGCGGCGCGCCGGCGCUCGGCAGCAACGUGUCGGUGCGGCUGGAGGUGCUGGACGAGAACGACAACGCGCCGCAGGUGCUGUACCCGCCGGCGGCCGCGGCGCUGGGCUCGGGCGCCGCGUGGUCGGGCGUGGAGCUGGCGCCGCGGCGCUCGGAGGCCGGCGCGCUGGUGGCCAAGGUGGUGGCGGUGGACGCGGACGCGGGGCAGAACGCGUGGCUGUCCUACGAGCUGGCCAAGGCCACGGAGCCGGGGCUGUUCCGCGUGGGGCUGCACAGCGGCGAGGUGCGCACGGCGCGCUCGCCGCUGGCCCGCGACGCGGCGCGCCACAGCCUGGUGGUGCUGGUGCGGGACCACGGGCGGCCGGCGCUGUCGGCCACGGCCACGCUGAGCGUGGUGCUGGCCGAGAGCGUGGCCGAGCUGCUGGCCGAGCUGGGCAGCGCGGCCGACGAGGCGGCGGCGCCGGGCGAGCCGGCCGCCAGCCUGACGCGCUGGCUCGUGCUGGCCGUGGCCGCCGUGUCGUGCCUCUUCGUGGCCUUCCUGCUGCUGCUGCUGGCGCUGCGCCUGCGCCGCUGCCACCGCCGCCAGCUGCUGCCGCCGGACGGCGGCGCCUUGCGCGGCGUGCCCGUGUCGCACUUCGUGGGCAUCGACGGCGUGCGCGCCUUCCUGCAGUCCUACUCGCACGACGUGUCGCUCACGGCCGACUCGCGCAAGAGCCAGCUGCGCCUCUCGGCCGCCGCCUGCUGCGACACCCUCCCGGCCCGGCCGCCGCCCGACGAGCCCGCGCCGCUGCUCGGGGACGAGGAUCUUGCCGGCGCCCUGCCCUCGGAUCCCGCCCCUCCCUCGGUGAGUUUCUUCGGUGCAGAUUUUCUCCACCACGCUUUCUUCUGA